GAUUAGUGAGGAAGACCCGAGCCGAACUGAGCGAGGCCGGUCGGGAUUGUCGGUUAUUGCGGCGUGUGUGUGUGUGUACGUUUGUUUGCCCGAUGGCAACAAAAUCACAGUUCAUUUAGGGUGCAAUUUUCGCUAAUCGAGUGAGACGAUAAAGACGGUAAACAGGUCGCACCGGUCGCACCGCGGCAAACACGGGCAGCGAAAAAAGGAAAGCCACGGACAGGCGGCAUUAGCUGAUAUCGGAGAAACUGGGAGAAGUGUGUAUUACACACCAUGAUACAGACAGCUGUUAUCUAUCGGUUUAGUCGUUCGGAAAUCUGGUAACCGAGGUUUAAUCGAAAGCAGAUGGAGUUGGCAAGCGCACGAGACAAUGAUACGCUCAAUAGAGUACGCGUGAAGAAGUCGCGUAAUGUGAAGCGUAAACUGAAAUAUUUGGGAAUUCAUAGGAAAUUUCAUAAUAGCAACAUUUCCAAACUGAACGACCCAUCCACACCCCAUUUCGGACCCACGGAUUACGGAUCAAGUUCUUGUUCCACUCGCGCUGAAACGACACGUUCGAUUCUCUUCGAUACUUCUGGUGUCGGUCGGUGGCGGUUUGUACUUGUGUCAAUAUCGGUCAAUUGAGUGAGCAGCAGCAGCAUGAGCAGUGCUUCAUCCGGUAGAAUCACCAGCAGCAGCAGCAGUAGGCCAUGCGGCAGUUCCACAGGCAGUAAUGCGAUGAACGGUGUUGGAUCGAAUUUUCGUGUGCCGAAAUGUGCACGGUGCCGGAAUCAUGGUGUCAUCUCGGGAUUGCGUGGACACAAAAAGCUAUGCUCGUACCGGAACUGCCGAUGCGCCAAGUGCGAAUUGAUUCUGUCACGGCAAAAGAUUAUGGCUGCACAGGUUGCACUAAAACGCCAACAAGCGGUCGAAGACGCCAUCGCAUUGCGAUUAGCGUCCACGGAGACUGGCACACAGCUGGAAGCGUUACCACCUGGCAAAAUUUACGGUAUGACCGUCACGGAGCCAUGUCCCUCACCGUCACCCUCUUCCUCUACCGCCUCCGUCGAUGUUAUCUCUUCAACGUCGUCGGACGGCCUUGGAGGAUUCGAAACACCCGAAGAUGUGCGGCUGAGCAGACCGAAAGCCACUGGAAAUGUGACCGUGUCACAGAACGCACUGGACAUGCUUGCAAAGCUAUUUCCACACCGCAAACGUUCCGUGCUGGAGCUCAUCCUGAAGCGGUGUGAUUCUGACCUACUGAAAGCGAUCGAGCAGUGCAGCCAGACGCAGAAUAUUAGCGCCUUUAAGCCGCCAACUCCAACAGCACCGGUCACAACUGUAGCAGCGCCAAGCACUAGCACCACAAUGACCCAACCUCCGAUCAGUCCGAACGGUUACUCCCCAUUCAUUGCGUAUCCAAAAUGGCUGUUACCGAUGUCCAUACCGGUGUCCUUCAGUCAUAUUGCACCCAACCUGGCACCGCGGUGCACUCUUCCCAACUGUGUGAUGUGCGUUCAUCAUCCGAUGUAACGUUACUCGUUUUUAUGCUAAUAAUGGUUCGAUUGUGCGUAAGAUUUGCAUUUGAUAUUGAAAUAAAAUUACCAAAGAUUGUG